UAAAAGAAAAUCGAACAAACCUUCGCUCAAAGUAGUUGGCAAAUUGCUUAUGUUUGCCGGUAUAUAAUUUUCGAUAAAGUAAACAAAAAUACAUUUUGUUAGAAAUAAUGAAUGUAUUGCUUUUGUAUUUGGUUUUAAUAACCAGAAAUUGUUUUGCUAUUUCAACACUUGGAGACGGCAACUUUGACAACGAUUGUGAUAUAGAAAAUUGUUCAUAUUUGGAUAUUGAAAACAGCAAUAUCAUAACAAAUGAAGUAAGGAGAUCAUUAGAAUCAUAUGUUCCAUGUUCAGAUGACGAUGAUAAUAAUUGCAAAUGUUAUAGCGAAGUUAUAAAAAAUGAUUUAAAACCAUAUCAAAAGGGUAUCACUCAACAAAUGCUGAACAAUACAGCAAAAUAUGGGACUCGAUAUAAAAUUUUGAACAAUCGGCUAUUUCGCGACAAAGAAUGCAUGUUUCCUGCACGCUGCAGUGGUAUUGAACAUUUCCUAUUAAAUCUUUUACCCGAAUUACCAGACAUGGAUAUGGUAGUAAAUACUCGGGACUGGCCACAAGUUCUCACUGGGCUUGGCAGUAGAAUUGGUCCAAUAUUCUCAUUCUCUAAAACCAGUGACUACUUAGAUAUUAUGUAUCCAGCGUGGACAUUUUGGGCUGGUGGUCCUGCAAUUUCAUUGCAUCCAACCGGUAUUGGUCGGUGGGAUUUAUUACGGGAUAGCAUAUCGAAAGCUGCUAAUGAAACCCCAUGGUCUGAAAAGCUUCCACUUGCUUUUUUUCGUGGAUCACGCACUUCCGAUGAACGCGAUACUUUGGUUCUUCUGUCACGUCGUAAACCCGACUUAGUCGAUGCUAAAUAUACUAAAAACCAAGCCUGGAAGUCUACGAAAGAUACUCUUAACGCUGAGCCUGCGAAAGAAGUUUUAUUAGAAGAUCAUUGUCGAUAUAAAUAUCUCUUCAAUUUUAGAGGUGUGGCUGCCAGCUUUCGUUUCAAACAUUUAUUUCUUUGCAACUCACUAGUAUUUCACGUUGGCGAGGAAUGGAAGGAAUUUUUUUAUUUCGCACUAAAGCCAUGGGUGCAUUACGUGCCUCUAAAAAGUUAUCCAAGUGAAAAAGAAAUUGAGAACAUUUUAAAUUUUUUUCUUGAACAUGAUGAGUUGGCUCGUGAAAUUUCUGAACGUGGUUCACAGUUUAUUUUAAACCACCUACGCAUGCAGGACAUCGAAUGCUAUUGGAAGAAUCUCUUACUAUCAUAUCAAAAGCUAAUCACUUUUAAGGUUGAAAGUGAAACUGAACUUAUACAAAUUAGUCCUCUACAGAGGCAAGAACUAUGAAUACAAUACAUAUAUUUUAAAUACAACAGAACUAUAUCUAAGUAAGAAAAUGAUAUUAUUCUCGAGAAACCGUUAAAAUAAAAAAAAAUUUAUUUGUUUACAAUGUC